AUGGAAAUCGUCGAGGAAAAUAAUUUUCAAAAUAUAUCUAAUGAAAUUCCCGAUUUUUUAAAGCUUAUAAAUGAAUUGAAAAUUAAGGCUAAAGAAAUAAAAGAACAAAUUCUCAGUACAACAGACAGGUUGGAUGGAAAAUCAAUAUCCGAUCAUCCCGUAAUUUCAAAUCUGGUGGAGUUAAGAGUAGUUUUGGAAAAGAUUAAACCUGUUGAACAAAAAUUAAAGUAUCAGAUUGAUAAAUUAAUAAGAGCUACAAUAAUUGAAAAUAUUACGGAGAAAAAUGUUAAUUUAAUUACUCAUAAUACUGAUCCACUAUCAUUUAAGCCAAAUCCGCAAGACUUUGUAUCAAAAGUUGAUGAUGAUAAGAACGAAAAAGAACAAUCACGCCUUAUUGCUAGAGCAUCAAAAUCACGUAUAAUGAAGGAUCUCAUCGAAGAAUAUGAUGAUAAACCGGAAGAGUUUGAUGCAAGCGGUGGUGUACGCGCUGAAAUGAUGCAUGAUAAACGAAUAGAAGAAAAGCUCGCUGAACGUAAUCGAUAUGAAGAGGAAAAUUUUGUCAGGUUGCCGAUUCCAAAGAACGAGCUUAAGAAAUUGAAAAAUAGUUCAAAGAAACUUGAAAAUGAUUUUGAGAAUUUGAAUGAUUUUAACAGUUUAGCAACCAUCCAAGAAGAUAUCGAUUCUUUUGAGAAACAGAGAACAAAUGUUUUAGUCAGGCGUAAUGUUCGUAAUGAAAUGUACGAAGGAUCUGAUAAUGAGGAAUUUUCAUCUAAAUCUCAAUCUAAUGAAAAACACGUGAGACGUAAUAAACCAGGAACAUUUAAUGGUUUAUUGGAUGACGGCCAAUCAAAACAAAUAACUGUUGCUCUGACUUGUUUACUGCCUCCUCCUCAAUGCUCUACAUUUGACAUGGAAUCAGAAACCUUUUUAGAUGAAUGCAUUUUAUCGACUGCUCUUAAAUUAAAAAACUUCUACAUCGAUGACGAUGCGGAAGAAGAAUUGGAGAACGAAAUCUUUGAAACGGAGCCUCAAAAGCGAUCAAAAGCUCAGACAAAGGCUUUACGUAAAAGGAGAGAAAAUACCUCGGCCAAUUUUUUGAAUGAUAAUAUUGAUUUUGCGCGAACAUUUUUUUUUGACGAUGGCAUCGAUUAUGAUCUAACAAAUGCUUCAACGGAAACUGCGAAGAAUAAUACAGACAUCGAUAAAACGAAAAAUGAAUCAACAGCGAACGUUCAAAAAUUGUAUGAAGCUCUUCGAUUGCCUCGAAAUGCUGCCGAUGAAACCAUAUUGUCGGAAAAUAAAACAAACUCACAUGAAGCUUGUAACAAUAAUAAGUCAGUGAACACUUCCAAUUCCAAUGAACAUCGACCAUUAUAUGAAGUCACAAACAAAGAAAGCGCGCACAUCAAAUUUAAGACAACCAACUUUCUCUUCGCGCUUGAAACCACCCGUUCAAAGACGCUUAACUUCUACGGAAACGGUUCGCCACACGACGAAUAA